UCCUUCCCCAGCAGAUGCACUACUCGAUCCUCUCCCCUCUCCCUCACCAUGGGCAAGAACUUCAUCCCCUUCCUCCUCACGCUCGCUCUCGUCGCCGCCAGCACCGGUGAGCGUGGCCAAGCCUGGGCUGCUUCCUGGGACGACGGCAAGGACAUGCCGCAGCGGCAGGACGCCAUGGCGGAGGCCGUCCGUGCAAUGUCCAACUACGACCCGGCACAGGACGGCGACGAGGCGGUCCAGCGGGCGAUGGGGGUGGUGAACCGCGAGAUCGGGCUGCUGCGGCCCAUCUUCCAGGCCAUCGGCAAGAUGCCGGAGACGAGCGCCGCCGACGUCCGUGCCAAGGAGGAGGCGCGCGCCGCGGCCAACGAGCUGCUCACUCGCCACUUCGGCCAGCUGCUCCCUGGCGGCAGCGCCAAGAUCGUGGAGGAAUUCUGAGCAUGCCAUGCAUAUGCAUGCACAUGCUGGUUUCGCCUUAGAGUUCACAUGGAUCGAUAUUGUUGGCUCCAGUUGUCUCCUUUGUAUUUGGCUAAUUAUAAGACCCCGUCCUGUGCACCGCCGUUGUUUGUGCGUCGUCGUCGGAUCAUGUAAGCGCAUCACUAUGUUCCCUGCAGUUGUAUGUAGAACGGUGUCCUCUGUUCCGCUACAUAUAUCUUUAAGGUAUCUUUAAUUAUUGGUUGUUCUA